GUGACAUGUCAUGUGAUCUGCUGUGUCUUCACGCUUCAUUCGCGAAGCCAGACGCAAGUUACAUAACAGUAAAACUUAACAGCACGAAAUUAAGAAGCCAGAGGGUUAUCUGUCUCCUAUUUGUGUAAAAGAACGAAAGAACAUAAUCCACACAAAAGCAAUCGUGCAAAGAUGACCAAGUCUCUGGUGUUACUCAUUGUCUGUGCUUGCAUUGGAUCAAGCUGGUGCGGUCCCUUUGAAUUUCCAUUUCAUGCAUCUUGCAAUAUAGACUGGACUUUUGGGGCAACCUGUCAGAAUGUCAGUCAAAUCAUCCAAGCUCAAAUACAAAAAUGGAGUGGGACUUCAUGUGGCUCAGGAGAAAAAUGUAGAUAUGAAUUUGUCAGCUUUGAUAACAACAUACUCAAGGCAAAACACACAACACCAGUGAAGCAUUAUGCUGAUGACCUCACUUUUGUUUUCAAGCCCAACAGUUCUCUGUGUCUGGUGAAUGGUAAAAGUUCCUCUGAGACUUGGUAUGCUGUGCUGGAUGAUGGCACAAACUAUUGCAAUCUGCACAACCUUAUUACAGGUUCUGGUCUUGAUAAGCUUAAACCAUACAAGGAGAGCACCAGUAACUCAAAAUGCACCCAGUAUUCUUCAGCAAACUGUGAGAAGUACUGAUGUUCAUGCAGGAAAUCUAGUUAGUUUUUAGAGGAUUGAACACAAAGCUAGUAUUACUUUUUUCUCUUUUGCUUUUUACAUUAUUAACCCAUUCCCUAAGUGCCGCAUGAAAUCAUACUGCAGAUCUCAUUACUGCUGGCUACAUGUGCAUCGUAUGCUGUGGGGGAUCAAGGAAUAUUUUUCCUCCCUCACUGAGACGUGGGACAGCGUGUGUGGGGGAAAUUAAUUUAAUACUCUCAUGAAUAAUGCAUCUACCGCCUUUCUGUCUCUUACUUGUGUUCAUUUGCUGGCACUCUUAACAGAAAUAGCUUCUCGUUGACCAAAAUCAUUUGAUUCUCAUUUAUGUCUAGAUGUUGAAAUGCUCCAAGGAAAGUGAAAAUUUUGCUAUUUAUUUUUAUUUUAAUGAAAAUUAUGACUUGAGUCUUUCUAUGACAGAAAAGAAACUGAUGUUUAAUAUCAAAUAUCAUAAUAUAGUAGUAUAAGUGAUUGUGAUUUGUGAAGCCCUGUGUAUUUUUUAAUAAGCAAUAAUAAUUAUAAUCCACUAUGCAUGGCCACUCGGGCUAAAUGAGCACUUGGGCAAUAAAUUGAAUUAGGAAGGAGUGGGUAUGAAUUUUUCUUGUAAAAGUAUGAUGUACAUCCGAGGAAAAGAUAAAUUGUUGUUCAUGUUUCUCAGUGGUUGUUUUUUGGAUGAACUUGCUUGUACUUGCCUUCGAAAUUCUAGUAAAUUUUUUUCAUUUUUGAUAUUUC